AUGUCAGGCUUCUCUUUCUCAUCCUCCUCAUCUUCCUUCUCAUCAUCCGCUUCCCCUUUCGGAUCCCCUUUGGAGAGCCCUAGGCCCUCAUCUUCUUCUUUCUCCGCCCCAUUAUCGAUUUCCUUCAACACUUCGUCAAAUUCUAACGCUCCUCCCGUCUCUUCAUUUGGUUUUGGAUUCUCUGCCUUUUCAUCCUGCCCUGCUUGUUCUGUUUCCAACAGUUUUGGGACUGUUUCUUCUGCUGCGAGUUCUGCCUCUCCCUCGUUUGGGACUGUUUCUUCUGUCGCGAGUUCUGCUUCUCCUCUGUUUGGGAAUGUUUCUUAUCCGUCAAGUACUGCCUUGCCUCCAUUCCGUACAGCGGGACCGGUGGCAGCCAGUACCAGCUCGUCUUUGUCUGGGGGAAUUACUUCUUCACCAUUGUUUGGAACAAGCGCUUCAUCCUUAGUUGGAUCAACUUCAUUAGGAGCAAGUUACCUGUUUGGCAUUGCUUCGUCUGUAGAAAGUUCUCCUUCGCCCCUGUUUGGCACUACUUCGUCUGCUGCGAGUUCUCCUUCACCUCUGGUUGGCAAUUCAUCGGCGGCGAGCUCUGCCCCAUCUUUGUUCGGAAAAAGUUCGUCUGCGGCCAGUUCUGGGCCAUCCCUGUUUGGUAUAUCGUCAUCCUCUGCAAGUUCAUUUUCAUUCCUGUUUGGGACGGCUUCAUCCACUGCAAAUUCUGGGUCGUCCCUUUUUGGGUCAUCUGGCGCUUCAACUGCCACUACUACAUCUAACUUGUUUAUCUCGUCUACAUUAGCUUCAACCACUACAUUGUCAUCUAAUUUGUUCUUUUCAACUUCCUCUUCAAAUUCAAACUCUGCUUUGCCUUUCUCUACCGAUUCAUCAGGAUUUUCCUCCCCCAAAAGCAGUACAAGUUUAACACUAACUACUACUGCAUCUACAGCAGCUCCUUCUUUGACACAAUCUUCAUCAGCUAGCUCUUUAGGCUUCUCUUUGGGGACAUCAUCUUCUGCAUCUUCAGCAAGCGCUUCUAGCUUUUCAUUUGGGACACCGUCUUCUGCAUCUUCGCAAUCUUCCUUCAGCUUUAGCAAUGCAACUUCUUCAUCUGCCUCUGCUGUCUCCACCACCCAUGCUGCAGAACCAUCAUUACCAUCGCCAUUGUUUUCUACAGUCACAACCACAAAUGCUUGUACUCCCGCUGCUGGUGCUCCAGUGGCUUCUUCUUCUGCUGCAGCUUCAACGCUUACUUUACCUGCACCUGGUGUGAGUUUUUUUUCUUCAACUUCAGCUAGUACAGCUGCUUCUUCUGGGACUACAAGUUCCUUUAUUGGUUUUGGUGUGGUCACUACAGCUGCUUCAUCGGGGACAUCAGUGCCCGCUCCAACAUCACAAACUCAAUCAACUACUGCUGCACCCUUAUUCAGUGAAAGUUGUUUGGGUUCUUCUUCUGUGCUACUAAGGGUUCAUUUAGGGGAUGUUGACUAUGGAGAUGAGAGUGACAGUGAGCCGGUAAAGGAUGACUUAGUGAAUCAAUCAAUACGCCCAGAUGUUGUGGAAGGGGAAAAGGAGGUAGAGCAGCCGGUCAAGGAGGACUUAGUGAAUGGAUCAAUAUGCUCAGAUGCUGUGGAAGGGGAAAAGGAGGUAGAGGAUCAAGAUGAUGGGACAGAGGUUGAGCUUAAAAUGACAUGUCUACCGGAGGAUAGAGCAUCCAAAGUAUCAUUUGCUACAAGUUCUAUUCCAACAGUAGGCUCUUCUGCUGCUUUUAUGCCAAUGGCAUCUCCUUUGUUUAUGACCAAGGCAGACCUUACUACUGUGGACAGUGUCGGGGAAGUUAUACUAAAUCAGGAGUUUGGAGAGGCUUGCUCUCUCUUGUGUAGCGUUGCCUGCCCACCAAGCGAAGCAGUAGUCAGUAUGGUUAGGGACCAAGUUUUAACUUCUAUUCAUGAUGAUGUGGAUAGAUAUGUCCAUUCACCUCGGAAUCGCACAAUUAUCAAAUCUAUAUUGAGCAAGUAUGGUGAUAUUACUAAAGGAAGCAUUUUGAAGUCUAUGGCUGCUAAGUUAACAAUUCUAGAACUAGUAGCUGAUACUGUAAGUAGACUGUGCAAGAAUACCAUGGAAACGCUUAGUUCACAUGAAUUACGACUAAUUGAGUCACAAACUGCAGAUGCUGUUGCUGUUGGUUUCAAUGUGGAAUGGUUGCAACAAAGAGUUGAUGAAGUCACAGCAGCUUCCAAAUAUCAUGCCAUUCAGUCAGAGUUGGAUGAAUUGGGCCAACAAAUACAAUCUGCAAAGAAAUAUCUGAUGGAGAUGGAGCAGAGGCAUAUAGCUUUAUCAAAUGAAGUUGAUGCAAUCAAAACUGGAACGGAAGGAAAGAGCAUUGGCUACUCUGCUCUAGGCGAAGGGCUGUUGUUUUGAGACUUAUGAAUAACAGAUAUUUUGUUUAGUGUUAUCUUCUUCUUCUUCCUUUUUUUUUUUUUUUUUGUUUCUCUCCCUCCCUACUUCUCAUGCCUCAUAUAUUUGGUUUGUUGUCAUCUCCUGACAUUGUGUAUAAGUUUGCUGUUUAAUGAAAUUAAGUCUUGUUUUCA